AACUCUCUGGAGCAACUAUAUCCGGUUCAAGCAGCACAGUAAACCACCCCACCGCCCGGCUAGUUCUCCGUACGUAUGUACACGUACGACCCACGGGGAACUCUUGGGUAGGUUAAAUCCACGUUUCCGUAGAAUACAUUUUACUGCAGCAGACUGCUGACCGGUGACCCGACAUUGAGAGAAGUGAUUGUGAUUUACUUGAACGUGGUGUAAAACAGAUCUGUUUAGUAAUAGUAGACUAUUAAAACCUGGGUCUGUAUUUAUAUCGAAAGUCAGAUGUGUAGGUGAACUAGUGACGAAAUGCAACAGCCAGGUCCUCCUCCACCGGGGGGAUACAACCCGAUGAGGCAACCAGGUCCUCCACCCCCAGGGGGGUACAACCCUAACAAUAUGCAGACUAGAAUGCAACAACGGCCACCAUCAAACUACAUGGGACCUCCCCCUCCAGGGAACGUGGGACCACCCAAUGCAGGUCCUGGAGCCAAUUCACAAGGAAUGUACAGACCUCCUGUAUCAGGAAACGCAAGACCGCAGUACCCUGGUCAAAUGAUGGAUGGUCAGAUUAGGACUGGUCAAGCACCUAUGGGUGGUCCUCCACCACCAAAUGCUAAUCAGUAUGGCAUUAAGCCCCUCCCAGGGGCUGGGUCACCCCCAGUAGGACAAAUGCCUGUGUCAACAGGACAACAAGGUAAUUACAGGACUGGUCCACCCCCAACAUCAAGUUAUCAAACUGGUCCUCCUCCAUCAAAUGGGGUAGGAGGAUAUCCUGCCGGACCGCAUCCUGGUCCACCUUCCGGUCCACCCGUGUCUGGGGCCUCUUUGAAUCGAUUCGCAUCAAAUGCUCAUAAUAGGUUCGCCCCUUCAAGUGGGGCCGUGACAAACUCUUUUCCAAAUGGUAGCAGUGGUCCACCUCCUACCAGUAAUGCUCCGAUGCAGAGACUCCCCAACUCUGGCCCCCCUCCAAGUGGGACCCCGCCAAUUGGGGGUUCGAUACCUCUACCCGUGGCUCAGGUUCCACCGACGAUACAACAAGACAGACCAAGCUCGACGGGCGAUAUGAAUGCUAGUUUGAAUUCAUCAGCCACACCCCCUAACCAGCCCAUAUCCCCUGGGGCCGGUCUGGCCCCUCCCCCUCUCAUUCAUAAAUCUGCCUCCACCUCCUCCCUUGGUUCCCUACCCCGCCCCCGUGUGGAAAUCAUGUCACCGUCCCCCACCCUGGACUUGCUUGGCACUCCCUCGCCAUGUGGAUCAGGUCCUCCUUCAGCAAGGUCAUCGGCAGCACCAUCACCUAUCCCAUCUCAGCAAUAUGACAACUUAGAGGGCGGUAUUCCAUUUUUCCCUAAUUCACAAGGUGGUGCUCCCCCUCCUGCUGGGGAAUUCGCCCCUCAAGGCCAGAACCCGCAGCAGCCCAGGACGUACACCGGUCCACCUCCUCAUGCAGGGGGACAGUACCUCGGACCCCCGCCAACAGGGGGGCGACCUCCACAGCAGACAGGUGCCCCGCCAACAGGGCCGCCUCCGCCAACUGGUGGCCCUCCUAUGGGGCACAACUACAUGGCUGGUCCACCUCCUACUGGUCCUUCUACAGGCCCCCCAACUGGUCCUCCCUCUGGGCCCCCGACAGGUCCCCCAACAGGUCCCCCAACAGGCCCUCCUACCGGCCCUCCAACUUGUCAAGAUUUAUCACGGACAAGUGGCAUUGCUGGAAAAAGGCAAUAUCCCCAACAGCCUGGCUACAUGACCUCCGGUCCUCCCCAGACUGGCGGUGGUAUGGCCCAACCUCCCACUAGCGCUGCACAGCAGCCUGGACCGUACCACUCUUCUCAGGUGGGUGGCAGUGGCCAGGGUGGGCCAGCUUCUCAGGUGCUGAAUGAUGCAAUGAAGAAGGAGUCUACAACGAUGAAUGACAUCAAUGCUGGAAUGAACAACAUUCGUCUUCAAGAGACCAGGCCUCUAAACUUAUUGCAGGAGAGGCAUAUUGUUCCACCAAAGGAAUUCCAGCCUCCUAAACCCAAACUACAUCCUGAUUAUCAGAGGAUUCAAGUUAGCCCAGAUGUUUUCCGGUCAACGUUGAAUGCAAUACCAGAAUCUCAAUCUCUCCUUCAGAAGUCUCGACUGCCUCUCGGUUUAAUCAUCCAUCCGUUCAGAGAUCUAUCACAUCUGCCUGUUAUCCAAUCAAGUGUAAUAGUACGAUGUCGGUCAUGUCGGACUUACAUUAAUCCUUUUGUAGCCUUCAUUGAUCAGAGGAGAUGGAGGUGUAAUCUCUGCUUCAGAGUUAAUGAUUUACCAGAAGAGUUUACCUUUGACCCUGUAACCAAGACAUAUGGAGACCCCCAACGGCGACCAGAGAUCAAGUCCUCUACGAUUGAAUUCAUAGCACCAUCAGAGUACAUGUUACGUCCACCCCAGCCAGCUGUCUAUCUCUUCCUGCUAGAUGUAUCAUUCAGUGCGGUAGAGUCUGGUUACCUUUCUGUGGUCUGCCAAACCAUUCUUGACAACUUGGACAAGAUGCCCGGUGAUGCGAGGACGAUGAUCGGCUUCCUCACCUACGACAGCAUGCUUCACUUCUACUCGUUACCAGAGGGCGCCACACGGCCGCAGAUGAUGGUGGUUUCCGAUGUUGAUGAUGUAUUUUUGCCUUGUCCUAGUGAUCUCUUAGUCAAUAUACAAGAAUCUAAAGAGUUGGUAUGUGAGUUGUUGAACCAGCUGCCAGCCAUGUUCGUCGGUAACAAGAACACCCAGACAGCGCUUGGACCUGCACUGCAGGCUGCACAUAAACUCAUGAAUCCUACUGGAGGUCGGGUGACCAUAUUUCAGUGUACAUUACCAUCUGUUGGAGUAGGAGCACUCAAAGCCAGGGAAGACCCUAACCAGCGGGCAACGGCAAAGAGUGUGCCCAAUCUUGGUCCAGCUACAGACUUUUACAAGAAGAUGGCUUUAGAUUUCUCUGGUCAACAGAUCGCUGCCGAUAUGUUCUUGCUAGGAGCUCAGUACAUGGACAUUGCUACCCUCACUGGUGUUGCUAAAUUCUCUGGAGGAAGCCUGAGUUAUUACCCAGCCUUCCACACAGUACAGAACCCCAUCCAGGCUGAGAGAUUGGAAUCAGAUCUCAAGAGAUACCUGACGAGAAAGAUUGGAUUUGAAGCUGUCAUGAGGAUACGAUGCACCAAGGGGAUGAGUAUACACACAUUCCAUGGGAACUUCUUUGUGAGGUCAACGGACCUGCUCUCAUUGCCAAACAUCAACCCCGAUGCUGGCUUUGCCAUGCAAGUCUCCAUAGAAGACAACCUGAACAGCUCAUCAUUAGCAUGCUUUCAAGCUGCUCUACUCUAUACAAGCAGUAAAGGUGAGCGUCGUAUCCGAGUGCAUACCAUGUGUUUACCUGUGACCAAUCAGCUGACGGAUCUGAUGGUAGGAGCAGACGCACAGGCCAUUUCAGCUUUACUUGCUAGAAUGGCUGUUGACAAGUGCCAAACCUCGUCCCUUGGAGACGCUCGGGAUGCAUUAGUUAACGUCUGCCUCGACUCAUUGGCUGCUUACAAGUCAACACUAGCUAGCUCACAUACGAUGGGCGCCCUCAUGUGUCCGCCAAACCUCAGGAUGCUGCCUAUCUAUACAUUGGCCCUGUUGAAGAACCUUGCAUUCCGCAUCGGUAUGAGCACAAAACUGGAUACGAGAGUGUUUGCGAUGGAGAUGUUCAAAUGCAUGCCGAUACUAUACACGAUGCUACACAUUCACCCGGAUCUGUACGCAGUACACAACCUUACUGAGGAGGGUGCAUUAUUGCUUCAGGACCAGGCCAUCCCGCAACCAAACCGUAUUGGCCUCUCAUCAGAGUACCUAAGCAGAGACGGGGCAUUCCUGAUGGACUGCGGGGAUAUCAUGUACCUCUUUAUUGGUCAGAAUGUCUCACCUGACUUCUGCAAGGAUGUUCUUGACGCGCCAAACUUUGUUAGCAUACCAGAAGGACAGAUUGACUUGCCUGAGUUGGAUAACCCAAGGUCUGAACAGCUUAGACUAUUUGUGAGCUGGCUUCUAGAGAAGAGACCGUACCACGCCCCAUUAUUGAUCAUUAGGGAUGACAGCCGGGACCGAAGCCUAUUCCUGGGCCACCUGAUCCAGGACCGAUCAGAGGGAUCCAUGUCGUACUACGAGUUCAUCCAGCAUCUACAGAAAGAGAUCAAAUAGUUCCUGGACUAGUUCCUGUGGGAACCUGGGUCCAGUGAAAGCUCUAUGAUAGUCUAAAUCUGAAAUCUUUGAAGGCACAAACUUACAGUCGAUGAUUCUCACUUGUGUCAUAUGUCAUUGGUUCAUGAUGAAUAUGGAAUUUUAGUUUUUAACCCAGUAGACCACCAAACCCUGUUAUAUAAAAAAGAAUGAAAUCAAUUAUGCAAUUAAUCGUAAGUCUGUAGCAAACCAUGUACAAAACUUACAAUUAAUUGUGAAUAUUAAUUGUAUAAAUUUCUGUUAUUUGGCCCUUAUAUUUGUAUGCCUGUGACCCUUACCUUAUCAAGAUGGAAACCAAGUUCUUAUUCAUCUCAAAGUUGUAUUGUCCAGACUUGUGAAAUCAAUGCCAAUUGGAUGAUUUAUACACCCAAUGAGUUGAAAUUCUACCUAUCUCACCAACCGAAGUUUCAUCAUUAUCUUGGACCUCAUACUUUCCCAAUCUAUUUUUGUACCUAUCAGUGGCUGCUGGUGACUCUUGGUAUUUGUGAACAGCCGAAGGGGGAUUAUAAGUCUUGUCUUGUUUACAGUCUUACCCUUUCUACACUUAAGUGAAAACAUCUGUGUAAUCAAAAUGGUGGUAAUCAAUUCAUUGUACUUUCGGAUAUUUUGUAAGUUUGAGUAUUACGCUUUGCAUGAUGGUUAUGCAAUGGAAUGAUGGGUAUUAUUGUUGCUACCUGAGCAGGCAAAUUGUGGUAUUGGUGCAUACAUGUACAUGACAAGUUUUCCAAGUUUGUGGUCCAGUGAAACAAAUGUCCUUUGAAAGUAUUUCACAUCCUUUGUGAAAAUCCCUCCCCUGAAUCGAAUGUAAGGCAGCCGUGAUCUGUAAUUUUCAUCUUCCGAUGUCUUACAAAUUCAAAGACACCUUUUAAUAAUUAUCCAUUUUGGGUUCUACUUCUGUGUUCUUAGUCCUACUUUUGACACACAGAGGCCCGAAUUCACACAGGUGGUUUUGAAAACCCACGGUUGAGUCCAGGGUUUAUGCAGAUUUCCUGUAUAAAUUACGCUUAAUUUAGCGCGUAUCUGGCGUGUGUAUAAAAGUGUCUAAUGCUGAUGCGCGCUUUUGUCACA